GAUUCAGGAGUCAGGACCGUGAAUGGAUAGCAGAGAGCAUUGAGCGGCGUGUGGAGGUAAACAUGGAGAAGAGUGUGGGCUCACUUCAGGAGCAGGCUCUGAAGAGGAAAGAGAGGCUAAAAGCGCUCAGAGAUAAACAGCUGCAUGGGAGAGAUCAGGAAGAUGGGGAGCCAGAGAACAAAAAAGCCACACUGGAGGAGCCCCCUGAAGAGAAGCACAGAGAGCUGAAACUGAGGAAUUAUACACCAGAAGAUGAAGAGCUGAAGGGGAGGCAGGUGCCCAAAGCCAAGCCUGCAUCAGUGGAAGAUAAAGUAAAAGACCAGUUAGAGGCAGCUAAUCCAGAGCCCAUCAUUGAAGAAGUGGAUCUGGCCAACCUCGCUCCAAGAAAACCAGACUGGGAUCUAAAGCGUGAUGUGGCAAAGAAGCUGGAGAAGCUGGAGAGGAGAACACAGAGAGCCAUCGCUGAGCUCAUCCGGGAUCGUCUGCGAGGCAGCGAGGAGGAGUUGGCCGGAGCAGUGGGAGCAGUCGGAGGGGAGGAGGGAGACUCGGACUGAAUCCAAGAUUAACAGGAAAAAAAAUAAAGGAGACAACAGCAGCCUUGGUUUACUGGGACUGUACAUCACAUCUGUGCUGUUGUACAGAGGCGGCUGUAGUCGUGUUUCUUGUCAGCUCUUUUAUCAUUGUGUUAUUACAUGUGCAUAUGUAGUAAUACAUUCUGUAUAUGUGGAUAUUGAGGUGCAUUGUUUAUGCAAUAUUUUGUUGUAUUUUUGAUAUCAAGUAAAAUAUUGUGAAUUUUUAGAAUGCCUGA